CGUGGACCUUGCAGAAAAAAAUGGCGGCAGAUUUGAAGGAUUGUUCAAGGGCAAUUUAUUUGUUAGCGACAAUGUAAAAGUGCAUGUGUUGCGCCAAUAUUUAAAGAAAAGAUGAGUUCGGGCAGAGCAAGGGGUAAUUUUUGGCGAGGAAGAGGCCAGAGAUUUCACGGACAGAAGAGAGGAAGAAAUCAGCUGGGAAGAGGUGGGCUAAAUAAUUAACACUUAUUGGAUGAAAAUGUUUGUAACGGAGUAGUAGCAAGUCAGCAAGACAAGGCCGCUUUGGAGCUUGACUUUGGAGCAACUUUUGGGACGUUGUAAAGAAAUGAGAAAUGACGGAAAGUUUUAAUAAUUUGCGAUAUUUUCCUUAAAUCAGGGUGACAAAGGGGAAUAAGGGGGAUUUACGCCUAUCAAUUCUUGGUUUGCAACCACGUGACAAGGCGGCCAUGUUGGGGGUCAAUACAAUAGAAAUUUUGCCCGAAGAAUUUACAUGAAUCCCAGAGGAGAGAAAUGCUUUUGUUCUUGACCAGCAAUAUGGCCGCCGUGAGGUCACGUGCAAAGUAGCUAUGGUUUGCAACAGGAUGGGGUGGGGGGGCAAUGGGGUAGUGGACAACCCACAGGAAUUAAACUUACUGAAGUGCACAUUGGUAGGAAAUUGACAUACUGAAUGUCCCCAGGGUGGGAAAUUUGACUCAGCCGCCAUCUUGGAAGGUAGAGGACCAGGGAAUGAGCGAAGAGGUCCACCAUUUUAGAAAAUACCCAGUAAUCAUUUGAAUGAGUUUCCCACAUUUUGAUGCGUUCAUCUCUUUGUGAAGGAUGGCAGAAUGAAAGUUAGAAGUAUCUUGUUGCUUUUUAAGUUUUUGAAGUUUUAUGACCAAAAGUAUUUUAUUCCUCGGCAUUGAGAAGCAAUACUUGCACAAAGUCUCAUUUGAAAGUAUGCUUUCUACUUACUGUGUACCAUGAAAAUUUUGCGGGAGUUUUAUUUUGCGGAUUGGUUACUUUUUGUGGUUUGCGGGAACAAAUUUUGUGGUUUGAGAUGACUGAAAUUUCUGGUGGGAACUAAUUUUUGCGAUUCUCUGUUCAAGCAGCAGAAUAUUUAAGUGGAAGAAACCUUAAUAUGGUAUUUUCAACUUUUACUUUACGGUAUGUUGAGUCAAAGUUCACUCUACUUACAUAUUUAAUUUGAGAAUAAUACAGUAAUCACUGUAAUAUCUUACUGCACAAAGGGACUGAACAACAGCAAAACAAAACAAAAGUCUAUCCCUACCAUACACAACAAGUCUAUUAAAAGCAGAGUUUUUAAUUUGACUGAAGGGAGUUACUUUUCGCCGCGUUUUAUUUUGCGGUUUUUUUUUCUGCAGGAACAAAUUUUUGCGGAUCGAGGUCAAUCUGCAAAAUUCGCAAAAAUUAGGACCCGCAAAAUUUUCAUGCUACACAGUACUUGUUUUCACCAGAGGCUCCCCUGCCACAAAUUUUUGUUAUAAUGAAAAGAUCAAAAAUUCAUACUGGACCACAGUUGUAACAAACACCAGCCUUUUUAUUGGUCAUAACUCUUCUUGAUGAUGACAUGUCAUGUUCUGGCAUUGCACAUUGCUGUAAAUACCGUGUGAAAAAAUUCAAAGAUACUUAGAUUGGGAGUAUAAAAUGUGUGUUAAAUUGCCAGCUACACUAAUAUCCAGCUAAAAUAUCUUCUACACUUAGGGAUUGCAUAAAGUUUGAUAUUGUGGGUACCAUUAUUUCGUCACCAAGAAAAAAAUACACUCUGGAGAUGCCAGUUGAGUGUUGUGAGUGUCUAUAUUAGUUUGGCCCAGGGAUGGGAAUUUGACUCAAAAUGGAGACUCAAGGGUGUGGAAAUUGACAUUUGAAAACCUGAAAAUGUCAAAUUUCCGGUGGAUUGCCCCCCCCCCCAUCCUGGGGCAAACCAUUGAUAGGUGCAUUAAGCUUAUUUUAUCAUGCGUCACCUUGACUGUUUUUUUAGGCCAUCACACAUCAUUGGGAAAAAUGUUAGCCAUCAUGCACGUAAAUGAGGUGCAAAUGCAGAAGUUAACAUGGCAAUAUCUCAACCCAUUGAAUGAAUCAGCUCUAAUAUAAUUUGUUUUCAGUGUAACACGCGUCAGCAGUUAAUUGAUUGUACAAAAGGGUGUUCAGAAAUCUGGUGUUGAAAAAAAAGAUAUUGACCAUAGAAACCAGUAUUCACUGAUCUGACAGGAGAUCACCUCACAUGGCCAUUUUGGCCUGAUCAUGUACGUCAUGCUGAUAAUUUGGCACCCAUCACACAUCACGCAAAACCUCUUUGCCACCCUGUUAAAUUAGUGGCCUUGUCUUGCAUGGUUUAGCUAGGGACGUAUAAAAACAGUAAAAUGAGUAUAUUGUCAAGGCUGUCACUAGGGGACAAUGACGCCUUUGACGAAGACGCUUUUGUCUGGCUGCAAUAUGCAUGACCCCCCUGGCUACUUUUAUAGAAUGCAAAUGAAAAUGGAACGUAAAGAACCCCCUAGCUGUUCAAUAUCUCACUUACUACUGGAAUUAUAUCUGGCAACUUGAUAUCUUAGUGACAGACCUGAUUGUUCUCUUUGCCACAAUGCGAUCCAAUAAAAACAACAAUAUUUUAUUUGCAUAGAUGCAGGUAUUUCAUAAAAGAAAAAAAAAUAUAAAGGAUAAUAGUAGAAAAAUACAGCAUUUCAGGUGGUGUUGGGUGGGAAGUGGGGGGUGGGGGGUGGAGGGAGGCAAGGGUUGGAGGGAGAGAGAGGUGUUUGAUCCCAAGUUCCUUUUUAGCCUUUUUUUUAUCAGAGUAUCACUAAAAUAUAACCUUAGUCUUGCAUAUAAAUGUUUGUCGUAGAGUCGCAGUGACGUUACAAUAAAUGCGCUGUUGCUUUUUUGGGGGAAGCCAUUUCUUAUAAAAUUACCCUGGAGAGGGUCCCAGUCUUUCAAUAUCCUGUUUCACUUGCCUAAAUACUGGUACCAAAUUUCCUCUUCCCAGGGAUUGCAAAAAAAUGGUCAAGUGUACAGGGUGAUUGUUCAUGUAAUUAAUUGAUCCAUCCUUAUUGUGGCACCAGCACAAGUUGUGCAAAGAUUAUAUUACUCUAAAUUCCUCAUUUUUGGAUAAAAUGAUCAUUGUCUUAGUGAAGCAGAGAGAAAUUUACUGGCUUGGAAAAGUAUGGCCAAAGGAGAAUUAAAAGUACAAUGUUAUGUAGCUAAGAUUUGUACUUUCUUGAAUGCUAUUCUUUAAACCUGCUUUCAGGUGAAGGGGCAAAUCCUCUUCCAGGCCAAGGUAGCUCUAGGCCUCAACAACAGCAUCAAAGGACCAGGCAGGUGCAGACAAGCUUAACGCCCUGCCCUUUUAAAAAAUGGAGUGUCUACUUCCCUGAUACUGGUAAGUUAGCUGUAUAGUUUAGUUUUGUUUGAAACUUUCAUCAUCUAAAAAUCACUAUGUUAUAAGAUUAAUACUUGCAUACAAAAUAAAUUUAGGAACAUUAGUCAUUUUAAUGUUAAAACAAUGUACAUCACCCUCCAUGAAUUUAAAAUUCAAAAGUACGUUAUUAAAAAGUGAAACUCAUGAGAGAAAAAGAGCUCUCUCUGUAGAUAGAGCACAUGUUUACAGUUUUUGUUAUGUCUGUUACAUACACUUGUGAUUUUAUCAGCUUGCUAAGACAUAUGGGUAUGAAACUUGACCUGCAUUAUCGAAGUAAUAGAGUGUAAAUUCCUGCAUGGAAGGAAAACUUUUUGAUGCACAAGGUGAUGCUUUUUUAUCUGACUGAUUACAUGUAAGUUAUGCUUCACCUUCAUGUCAUAUGGCGUGCCGAUGUCUUAAGCGUUGAAGAGAAAAUGAAGCAUGACUUUUUGCAUCAACAAAAAUAAUUUUUGCGAUACAACAGAUCACACUUCACCUUUAUGUUAUGUAGCACGCUGAUGACCACAGUUACCCUUUUUUUGCAAAAUUUCAUCGCUUUUCUUACUUACGGACAGACAGUCUGGACAUUAACGACAAUAAUUGUCGAUAAUUAUUAUUGUAUGACAUGACUGCAUAGUGUUACAGUUUCUAUGGAAACUUCAAACACAAAAACUGUCCAUUUAAUUUGCUAGCUUACAUCUAGUUUAUUGUUUUGUGGCAUUCCUAAACAGUACAGAAUUUAUGCAAUGUAAUUUGUUAGAAAAUAAUGGUCAUUAAAGGUUUUUUGUGCUACUCAUAAACAUGCAUAAGUAUCCAAUUUACAGUUUAUAACCCAGAGUCUUCUCUUGGAACUAAAACUGAGGCCAUUAUGAAGUUUGUGGAAAAACAUGCUGCUCAACUUAGCAAGGUACUGUAAAAUGUUAACUAAAUACACAUUAUAAUAAUGUUGACAUUAAUCGUGACGUCUAGCCUCUAGUCUUUUGAAAAGUACAUCUUAUGUUUGUAUGCUAACAAAUCACAAGACAGCCACUUUUGUCAGCAAGUCUAACUUGGGUUCUAGCAAAAAUUAUAGCUGAUUUAUUUUGCUAGAGCUUAACAUAGAAGUUUUUGACUUCUACAUUUAUGAAGUAGUCAGACUGAAAUCUGUUAUAGGUGUGUCAUUGUUGUGGUGAUCGUGUUUUGUUCUUUGGUUCAGUUACGAACACCUUUAAAGGGAACCUCCACUUCAACAAAAAGAUAUCUUUAAACUAAAAUCAAUCUUAUUUUUAAAGGUUUGUAUCCGUCAUUGUUGUUUUCAAAUUUUGCGGUGAUCUUGAAUUUUGACGUUCUUUUUCCUGAUUCACUUUUUUUUUAAGGACAAAUUUCGAAAAAAUUUGUUUAUCAACAUUUUUAUUAAAAUUAUUCUGUAGAUGUCUUUUUUCCCUUGUCCCUGAUCCUUGAUAUCUUGGGUCCAUGAUUAUUGAUUACAUAUUGCUGUGGAAGAAACUGACCGUACAUGUACAUGUAAGACGUUAAUUGUAACUGUCUUUUGCAAAUUUCUAAAUGGAGCAAUAAAUAAUAUUGUUCAUGGUGGGAUGCCCAAAAUGCAUUUGUCUGCAAUAAAUUUUUAUUCAUAUUAGAUUGACAAUUAAUUUUCAGGAUGAGAUUGAAAGCAGAGGUGCUGUGGUAUUUGACUAUACAGACCUCUUAUCUGAUCCAGGUAAACUGCUUUUAUCUUGCAUUUAUCCUGCAUAUACAGUAGGAUGAUUGUAACUGUGGCCACUCUUAGGCAAAUGUACCAGUUACAUGUAUAUUACAGGAAAUUACAACUGCGCAAUACAUUCUGAGGAAUUAUUAUUUUUUGCUUAUGAAAAAAAUAAAUACUCUGAUAGAAUACUGAUUGCAAGAAUUUCUUAGAAAGCAAAAUUUAUUGUUAGACAAGUUUUUCAAUGAGAUUUUAAAAAAAUGAAAUCUUAUAAAGUCAAAAAUUUAACCAAUAGGACCGCUCUGGAAACAUACACUGUAGGUUUUGUUCAGCAGGUUCAAAAAGUCAUGUCUGUAUUUGUUUUUAUAAUGAUGAUUAUAUUAUUGGCAGUCAACUUUCUCGCGUUUGUUUGUUAGCUCUGUGAUUCAAGUAGUUAAUUUCAUCUAGAACUCUAUUUAAUGGCCCCAGUCAUAUUAGCUGCCCUGUAAGUGUGAAAAAAGAAAGUUAAAAACACAAAACUUUGGUGGGUGACACAUGCAUUAAAUAUAGUGGGGUUACCAAAAUCAUUUGGAGGAGUAGUAUUUUUUCCAAGGCAAGCCUAUGUGAGUACAUGUUUGUUAUUAAAAUUCAAGACAUUUCUCAAACAACAGCAGCCGCAAGCCUUUUAAAAUCUUUGUAAUAUUUUUUGAUAGAGCUCAUGGAGGACUUUCCAUCCCUGGCAGUGGACCUCAGAGAUGAGCCUACAACAGUGCUGCAGACUCUUGGUCUGGCUGUCUCUCAGGUACUGUAGAAACAUGUUUUUUAUUAUUUUUGUUUACACAUUAAAGCUAAAGCUGGGUCGAGGGGUGAGUGAUCAGCUCAUGCAUGCAUGUAUAAAGUAUUUUAAUUUGUACAAUGCAGUCUGAAAUCCUGAGCCUUUCACAUGUAUGAUUAAUUGAAACAUUAUUUUCUGCUUCUCUUUAAUACACGUACUUUGUUCAUACAUUUUUAGUGGCCUGUCGUUUAUUGUUUCAUGUUGAUGAAAAUAUUCAUUAUAUUAAUAUUAAUGGCAUGUAUGUCUGUAAAAAAUCAAAAAUGUACAAAUAGUUGAUAAAUAAUGAUGAUAAAAAUAAUGAUGAUGAUGAUGAUGAUGAUCACAAUAUUUUAUUAUUUGUAGGACUCAAAUUAUCUUUAAAAUACAUUGUUAUUGUACCUACAGUGUACAACUGUAUUUAGUGCAGUGUGACAGAGGCCACAUACAUGUUGUGCUAAGUGUGUUACUAUGUAUUGAUUAACAAUAUGAUCUUAACAAUGAUUAUGCCACCCUUGUGAUCAAUGGUAGAUUCUGCUCACUGCGGAGACAGGAGAGAGUCAGCAAGUUGCAUGUCUGGUUGACUUGCCAUACAUACAAGCCAGGUAUUUGUAGAGGUCUACAUGUACAUGUUAGUCUUUUGUACAAUGGUGUUAUUUUACUAUAGUUAACUACCAGAAUGCACUUCUUUGUUCUUUCGUAUUUAAACUUGGUUAUCCCAAGGUUUGAAUAACAAAAGCCACAAUUUGUACAAGAAGCAAAAAAAGAACUCUAACUGGUAGGUCAAGUAAAAUGGUGUAAUCCUGCGAUUGGCCUAUCAACAUUUUUAUUGCAUAUUUUAGUACAGCAGUAUAAUAUGGAGUAUCAGUUGUGUUCGUGAACAGAGGCAGGGGUUAAUUAACAUGCCCUACUUUGUAUUAGAGCAGCUUGUAGACUCGCUUUGUCAAUGUUUUUUGUCUCGUCUAUUUUAACAAAUACCAUUCUCCAAACUCAGUCCUUGAUUGUCUAAAACUUUGACAAAAACACUUUGUAUAGCAGAGAAGUGUCUCGUAACCUGAGUCAAAACCAUGAUCUUACAUGUAAGUUUGUUUUGUUGCAAAUAAUGUAUUAAACUAAAGGUAAAUUAUCUGCUGUGAUACUAUUGAACUUUCUUUUGUUUUUCUUUAUCAGGAUAACUAACUUUGAACCAGUCACCCAACUCAAAAGCCUUAAAUCUAACUAUUUUGGUAGGUAAAACAUACUGAUGAUGAAAAUGUAGUCGUUAUUACUCUAAGUAAUAUAAUUAUGAAAAAUAUAUAUUGAAAAAUUUUCAUUUUUUAUUUUUCAUUCUUUUUCAUUCUUUUUUUCAUUUUUAUUUUUCAUUCUUUUUCAUUCUUUUUCAUUUCAUUUAUUUCUUAUUAUAUAAAGAAAUAAUUAUAAAUGAAAUGAAAACCAUAGAUGUAAUGUACUCUCGCUCAGUGUUAUAGAUAACAUUAAUUUUUGAAUCAACAACUCUAUUACUUGUUUGUUUUAUUAUUAAUAUCCACUUAUGUAAAUUUGUCCAGUUUGCAGAAAUUGAUAUUUUCCUAUUUGUAUAUUAGCAUAUAUUAGUUCCUUUGCUGAUAGAAUUGAUGGACUCAGUUGGUUUCAAACCGACUAGGGAGGCUGGGAUGAACCCCUUUAUAAUGGAGUAUCAACUGUAGACUCACAAGUUACAAAGAGCUCAUAAAGCUUUAGGAUAUCCCCAUUUCAGGUGAUUGCCAGGCCAAUAUUGAACAAGAUACAGCCAAUAAAAAUCUCCAAAAUUUGAUAAAAAUUAUAGAUGUCUAGGCAAUUUUCUUGGUAAGUUUUCAAGGUUUUGAAUGGCUAUAUCUUGUUCAGUAGUAGCCUGAUUAACACCAAACUUGGAAAUUUGUAAAGCUUGAUGUUCUCAAGAUUUCUUUUUAUUUGAGUCUUGAGGAAUGUUCAUUUACUAGAUAAUCCCAUUAAUUGUCAUACAUGAACUUUUGCUCCGAGUGCCUCACUUUGAAAGCAGGAAAUAGGCCAUUUGCACAAUGGCAUCAUUUUACUACAUUUUGUUCUAUGACUGGAAUCCUUUUCAUUUUUCUUUUCAUAUCUAAAUUUGGUAGAAAAGAUCUCAGUGAGGUUUAAAUAACAAAAGCUGCCCUAAUUUGCGCAAGAAAGUGCCAAAACUCUAAAGGAUUCAGGUUAAAGUAGUAAAAUGACGUCGUCGUGCAAAUUUGGCCUAUUCUCAGACAAUGUACUAAUUAGUACAGUUGACUCUCUCUUUUAAUUUUUGUGACCAUUCUAGGUAAAUUUGUGGCAAUUCGUGGGACAGUGGUUAGAGUGAGUAACGUUAAACCACUAGUCACUAAUAUGGCAUUCAGCUGUAAUCUUUGUGGAGAGAUGCAGGUACAGUGGUUGUGAUACAUUUUCAGUGAAAUUUCAUUUAUUGGACUUUAAGAGAAUGGUUAUAGUAGAUUUUGUUGUUGGUCAGUUCAAGUAACUUUUAAAGCUCGGUAACGUUCCAGAAAAGUAAUCUUCUAACAAAGUCAUUAACCAGCAUGACAUGCCCCAGUCAAGUAAAAUGUUAGAGCUGCUUGCCUUAAAUUAAAAUUAGGGCAAGCUGGAAUUCAAGUUUUCUUUUUAGCUUGGGAUACACAUGCAUAGUUAUAAAGAUCUGUAUUAUUUACUAUACCAAAAGUGCUUCUCCUCGACCUUAUCCAACCUGUUGUGUUAUGAUAGUUAUAGUUCACCCUGCGAAGAUGUAUCUUGUAUUUAUAUGUUAAUACAAACCCUUCAAAUAGUUUGGAUAAACUGAGCCAUUGGUAAUAUCACAGGUGACCUUUUCCCGUAUUAAUUUUGUAGUUUGUAUCUGAAGGUUUUUUUUUCUUUCUUUACUCAGGCAGUUUCUCUUACAGAUGGAAAAUAUGCAGUGCCAACUAAGGUAAAUUUUUCCUUUGCAUACACAUGAAUGGAAACAUUCACCUGCAAAGCCAAGGCGGUCAGGUUUUGGAAGGAGGUGCUGGGACUCUGAAACCUUAAUAUACCGUAUUUAUUCGAUUAAGCGCCCUGGGCGCUUAUUAAAUUUUUGGACCUUGAGAGUGGGUGCUUAUUCGAGGUGGGCGCUUAUUCGAGGCUGGGCUCUUAUUAAAUUUUCAGCAUUUUCAUCAAGUGUAGUAUGUUUAUUUUGCAACAAAACAAUACAUGCAAUAACAAAAGUCGAUGUAACAAGGCAAGGUUCCUGUAAAUACUUUGAAGAAAACUCCGUCUUCGGGGAAGUCUCUCUUAUUAGUACUUAUUCAAUUUUUUGGGGUGGGGUGGGGGUGGUCGCUUACUUGAGGUUGAGUGGGAGUGGGAGGGAGGUGGGGUGGGGUGGGCGCUUAUUAACUUUUUCUGUCUUUCGGAUGGGCGCUUAUUCGAGGUGGGCGCUAAUUCGAGGUUGGGCGCUUAUUCAAAUAAAUACGGUAAUUUACUAGUCUACCAAGGUUUUCUUGCAUUCAGAAAACUUGCAUUAUUUGCUUAAACUCACGUUCUAUAUAGUUUAGUUUUUUUUAUUUGCACAUUUUACCAGCUUGUUCACAGGCUAGUUAAUUCUUCUGCACCACUUUUUUCACAAGGUCAUAGUCAGUACAGAUAACAUGUAAAUCUUAUAAGUAAUGCAGGCUACUUUUUACCGUUAUAAUGUAACAUUGUACAGUCUAGAGAAAGAGAGCUCUAGGUCAGAGUUUUUAAAUAGUAUUAGAAAAUAAAAAUCAUUAUCGAUGUCAUUUGCAAAUGAUUGUUAAUAUUUUUUCUUAUUGAAAACGGUAUUUCAACUUAUUCAGACAGAACUAUGCUCUUUUAUUGGUUAAACAGUGUUCAUCUGUGGAUUGCCGCGGGAGAUCCUUUACUCCUGAAAGAAGUUCUCCAUUGACCAAAACUAUUGACUGGCAAACUGUCAGGUAAAACAUUUGACAAAAAGAUGUUUAAAAACUACAUGAACUGGUAAAAAAUGAUAGUCUGUGUACUAGGCAUGCACCCAACUUUUGCUCUUGGGUGACUAGACAAUCUUAGUUUGUUUCAUACAAAUCAUAGAACACUAGGAUCCCUUCAAUUUUCCUUAGAGCACAGCCUUGAUUAGGUCAGUCUUUUUGGGUGAGGUAUCUAUUGUCAUAGUUUUUCUGAGGGAGGGGGGUCGUCUGUACACAGGCUACUAUUGUCACUGGUCACUAUAAAUUAUGAUGAUGUUAUUAAGGUUGCAUUUAGGUUUCACUGGUUAAGUCCUUUAACCGAUAUUAGUUCAGGAAACGUAAUGAGAGCCCUUUAAAAUGGUGCAUUCAUCUCCAUCUUUUGGUGAAUUUCAUUGACUGUUAAGACUGUGAUCUCCCUCCUUCCUGCCCUGGUUCAAAACUUGUCUUUCCUUCUUCAGAAAUCUGGGUCCAGGACUUUCACUGUUUGGGAAUUCAUAGUAUCCAAAUUUCUGUUGAAACUUACUUGUAACUGAAAGGGUUCAGUUUGUCUGGGAAAGUCUGCUUGGAAUUUGCUUGGUUUUAAAUCGGACCUAUAGUUACAAUGGAAAGCAUCCAAAGAAUGUUUUUGGCAGUGGAUUUCAUCCAGUAAGUUAGAAUCUUGAGAUGUUACAUGUGUCACUACUAAACCCACAGAUGAGAGUACAAACGUUGGUGCAAUUUUUCUGUAGUUGCCAAAUCUAGGGUACCUGUAAGUUGUAGUGUGACAUUAAAGAAGUAAGUACAUAUAUGAUAAAGAGUUACAAAAUGAUCUUGUUAUUCUUUCAGUAAUGACAUUUACAAUCUGUUUCUCCCUUUUACAGAGUUCAGGAGAUUAUGGAUGAUGAUCAAAGAGAAUCUGGAAGAAUUCCAAGAACUGUGGAGUGUGAGCUGACAGCUGAUUUAGGUAGAGUUAUGACUUAAAAACGUAAAAAUUCAACUUCCUAUUAUCCCCAUAGUUAUGUCCCUUACAUUAUUUUUUCCUCUCUCUCCCAAAACUCCUGGGAUCCCUUGUAAGUUAUUAAAAAACUAGUAAUAACCAAAGGUUACGCAGUAAGGGCGUCAACAAUGGAAGGUCAAAACGCUUUUGUUCCAACGCUGUGCGCAAGUUUCACUUGAUGGAUGGUCAAAGCACGGGUGAUCAGAUUACGAAUGAUAGAAGUUCCAAACUUGAGUGAUCAAAUUGCGUUCUGUGCAUUCUAUUCAUUCUUUGAGGAAGUCCAAACGAGGUAAGCACUUGUUUCCAUAUCUCAAACCGCCCUCUCCCUUUUCACUUACACUUAAAUGAAAUAUGGAAACUAGCGGUUACCUCCAAACGAACGCUGGCUACGUCAGUGCAGCGCAUGCGUAAUAACACCUGGAGAUUAGGAUUGCGGGCUCUUCUUGACACCCACAAUAAGAACUCCUGUUAAUAGUGGAUUGUUUGUGACUGGUAAUUUCCACACCAUCUUUUCACAUUUGAAGUGACAAAUAUAUUCUAAGAUUACAGCACAGCAAUGUAAAUUGUGUCCUAUUCACAUACUUGUAAAGGGUAAGCUAACUGUUUUGCCUUUAUCCAUUCAGGGCCGGGUUGUUCAAAGAUGGGUUAAGAUAACCCACGUUUAGUCUGAAAUUUGAAUUUACAUAUGAAAGCUUAAAAGCAAAUUCAGUUACCUUCUCUCUUGUCGAAAUAGAAUAAAGAAAAUCAUUGGAGAAAAUGCUUUUGAACUAAAGAAAUAAGAAACCCGGAUUAAAAUUUAACCCCGUUUUAGCGCUAAUCGGCAUUCGAACAACUGGGUCCUCAGGAUUCUAAACCAUGUUUUGUGCUUUUAAGAAUUUAAAUAUUAUUUCAUUAUUUUGUGUCAGACAUUUGCUAUCAGGUUUUAUGCUGAUAUGCUGCUGAGGGUGACCAGCGCUUUUUUUCGUUGUUUAUCAUUUUAUUUCUUUUAGUGGAUAGCUGUGUGCCAGGUGAUAUGGUCACCAUUACAGGUGUUGCCAAGGUUACAACCUCAGAGGAAAGUAAGAAAAUUAAUGUGUAGUUCCAGAAAAUAUCCAUACCCCCCCUCAACGCAGGGCACUUUUAUCUUAGACCCCCACCCCCUUAAAAUUUCCGUGAUUUUCCAUCUUGGUUGGGGACCUCCUGGGAAGACUAUUUCUGCCAAAAAGCUGUUGCACUAUACUACAAUGCGCUAAUGUAAUUGUUGCUGAGAUAAGGUGAGAAAAAAUUGUCAAUUUUGCUCCGUAGAGUUCUUUCUUGUGUGUUAUGUGGGAUUAAAAAAUAGUCAAUAAUCUAAACCAGUGAAAUCCAGGGUGCCCUGCAUAUGAUUGCAAAAAGUAAGACUUUCGCGUCUCUUUAGGCAAAAGUAAGGCACCAGGGCCCACCAUGUGCCGCCAGAGCAAAACCCUAACCUGGAGGGGACUACUGAGGUCCUUCGUCCCAUCCUCUCUUUACCAUAAUUGGGAUAUGUGUGUACAUUCUAACCUCUCCUUACGGACACCUCUCUAUUACGGACAGUUCGUUUGGUCCCAGAAAUGCGAAUAAUCAUACAUUCCCUACCUCUAUAAUACGGACACCUCUGUAAAGCGGACACUUGGUUCUGUCCCUUUGGUGUCCGUAUUUUAAAAAGAGGUUUGACUGUAUAUGUGUGGCCCCGGUUGUUCAAACAUUGAAUAGCAUUAUCUAGUGGAUAAGUAUCAGGGAUAUCAUAGAGAUUAAUUUUAUCCAGUAUACAGUGUAGAUCCACCUUUUCAACUACUGGAGCGUGAGGGUUAAAGAUUUCACUGACAAUUCUUGACAAAACUCUCUACCUGUUUAGAUCGCAACAGAAACAACAAAGACAAGUGUAUGUUUCUCUUAUACAUACAUGCUAACGCCGUGAAUAACAACAAAGGGAAUACCAGUAGUGGAGAGCAGACUAGCGGACUGUCCAUGGAAUUCUCUAUCAAGGUACAUGUUCUGUGUGGUUCGCAAUAAACAUUUUCUGCUGCCUCGUACCCAGACGUCUCUCUCUCGAUGAAAAUGUGCGCGCAAAGGAAGGCGGGAAGGAGACGUCUGCACCCUUCCCAUGGUUCCUUGCAGUUCAUCACCAGUCGCUCGCCUCUACCAUUAACCGCCUCGAAAAACGAAGCGCCUGAGGAGGAGGCUACAUUUAGGAGCUAGCAUUUAGGCCUACAUUGGGGAGCUUUCAAACAACCCUCGCUUAUUGGAAGUGCACGUUUUGUGUUAUCUGACAGUGGUUUUGCCCUAACCUUCGGGCAAAUCGUGUCUAUAAGUGUAAAGCAACUUGACAAUAUAAAUUUAGUGGUGUCAAGGCAUAUCAAAAGGGAAAGAGCCUCACUUCCGGUGUUGAUGUGUGUCGCUCAAAAACGUGUUUCCUUAGGCUCCGUAAUAAGGAAAAGGCAAAACUUUCGUUUCUUUGCAGUUGUUACUACAAUAAUGGUACGAACCAACGUACAGUCAUUAGUGGACCAAAUUAUGGCCUUUUUUCAUGAUAAAAGAGCUUCCUGUACCAACACUGUAAACUGCUACUGGGCACAAACUUGGUCAUUAUACAGGUCAUAAUGUACCUACAUUUCCAGUGUUGGUAACCAAGAUUCAAAGGUCGGAUGGAAGUGCAAGGAUUAAUUAGUCAGUGAGUGCGCGGCCUUGUGUGCGAACGGUUCCGAGUUCGAUUCCCAAGUGCCACUACAAAUUCAUCUUUCGACUUCUUACCUUUCCGUGUAGCUUUAAGUAGCUUUAAGAAACCGUACAAUGUAGCACUGAUUCUGACGGAGAGGGGGAUGGGGGGUUGUAAAAUGAGCGCUCCGUCGGCCUCUGGUUUUGUCAAUUUAAGUUGUUACGAGAAACCAACCUAAAAUAAGGAUCUUGACGCCGUUUUUAUUUUACCUGAGAGUAGAGUUACAUGUGAAGUGGCAAUAAUCAUCCUGUGUAAUUUCCGUGGGUAGGAACUGUAUGCCAUUCAAGAAAUUCAGGCUCAGGACAACUUGUUUCGUCUUAUUGUUGGGUGAGUGAUACUAAUAUCAAAUUAUAGUGGUUUUGUCACCCUUCGUGCAAGAUUCAUUUUAUAAUCUCUCAAACCCUUCCUAUCCAAUUGCUUUGCAGAUCACUUUGUCCUUCCAUUUAUGGACACGAGGUAACCCUACCUUUUUGAAUUUUAUUCCUGCAACCGAAAAUGUUUUAAAAUGUUUUAAAUAUGCACAAUGACUAUUAAUUUUGCUUCCUGUUAGCUGGUGAAAGCAGGAUUGGUGUUAGGUCUCUUUGGGGGAACUCAGCGAUACUUGAAUGACAAGGUAACUAUAAGCCAUAUUGCAAUAUGUUGCUGACAUCAUCAACAACAGUCUUACUGGAUAUGCCCAAAGACAAUUUUUUUUACAACGAGUAUAACGCCAGGGAGGGUGACAAUUAUCAGGUAGCCAGAAUUGUAAACUACGCUAUUCUUAUAAAACAGAUGCAGGGCAGUAAAACAUCAUCUGCGAAACGAUUACCCGACGUACACAUGUUGCUAAUUACAGACCCUUUAAUUUUUAUUGGGUCAAUCAAUAGUUGUGGGAUAAAGGACUACAAUAGAGUUUUGUACAAUCACGAGUUCUUUGUGGUUUGGGUCUUUACUGGCCAGUGUACAGUGUUAAGAAAAUAGUUUGAAACUGUUUGCGCGCGCCACAAUGGCCAAAAAUUAGCGCAAUUGGAAUGGUGCAAUAAGUGUGCUACGAUUUGAAAUGAAGAUAUACAAGAUAUGAUGACACUGCUGGAUAUACUUGCUGAAAAUCAUCCUGGCAAACAGAAAUCCAGAUUGCGCCAGAAUAGUGACAGGACACCCAAGGAACCACAGGGGGCCCUGGGGGCUCACAGCAAAAGGAAGUAGAACCUGCUGUUGGCGAUGUGGUCCUCACUUUAUUCGUUUAAGGAAGAAAUCCUAACUAUAGGCCUUUGAUUGGGAAAAAUAUUGUUUUUGCAAGGUCGUUGGUUUUGAGAGUUUGUCACACGGAGAUUUGACUGCUUUUACAUACACCUCCUAAGUCUUGUCUGCCGCUUCUUCUGUUCCACAGAAUCGCAUUCCAGUCAGAGGGAAUCCACACAUUCUGGUUGUUGGUGACCCAGGUCUUGGAAAAAGCCAGGUAAACUCAUUUGUAAAACAUUCUUUUUGUGCAUUGUUAUAGGUAACUGUUGUGUAAUGGACGUACUUUUGAACGCCUGUUUUUUUUUGUAGAUGCUACAAGCGGUAUCUAAUGUUGCUCCUAGAGGUGUCUACGUUUGUGGAAAUGCGACUUCAACUUCUGGACUCACGGUAAUAAUAAGCAAUUGUCAUAUCAUUUUCCAAUGUAAACAAACCUCUUCGCAUUGAAAUAACGGUCGAAUCUCUUAUAGCGACCACUUCUCGUAAGCGAAGUUGCUGUAAUUAUAUGUUUUGUGUCUCAGUCAAAUACUGAGUGUUUCAAAAAAUCUCUAGUAGUCGAUAACUACUUCCUUGGCUAGAUAUUUGACACGUUUUGUUUUCCGUUUCCGCGUCAGUGACCACCAGGCACGAUCUAAAGAAAACCAUUACUCCAAUGUCGCCAAAGUUCAAUUUUUAAUACGUCUGAUCCGGCUUGCUUACAGAUAAUAACAACUGAAUUUACAAAACAAAGAGGUAGUAAUAUGAUCUAUAGGUAAUUACAUGCGGAUUUUUACAGUGAUCUGUACCAAAAUGUAACGUACAAGAUUUCAGCAGUACGUGGUGUGGUCAGAAAUGCAAAAGAAUUCCUACUUUCAAACGAGACCAGAAAGGUUCAUUUAUAUACAUAUGAAAGAGUAAAUAAAUAGGCCGCCAUUAUGACAGUGGUCUUUAUGUCGCAGGUGACUCUUUCUAAAGAGGGUUCAUCCGGGGAUUACUCUUUAGAGGCAGGAGCACUUGUUUUGGGAGACCAAGGUAGGUUUAUAACUGCUCAAUUAUUUCGCUCGUCCUUAAAGUUUUCAUUUCCCUUCACUGCCACUACUACAUUUCUAUUGUUUUCCGCCCUGCACCACCAGCACCGUUAAUUAACCGAGACAUUUAUCGACACAAAAAUAACUAAAUAAUCUGUCAAACCGGUUAAACAACUUAAAUAUAGUAAAUAUCCUUAUCUUAAUGGGAGUCCCCUGCAUUUUAUUCAUGAGAUAAGUACAAAAAGCUAUGACGUCAUCGGCGUUAAUAGGGACUUUAAGGGCCUGUUUACAUGGGGGACCCCAGGUAGGUGAGGUAACCUUCUUAGGUGGGGUAACCCGCCUGUCCAUAUAAUCUCUCAUUUUAAUUUGAUCACGUUCAUAUGAUAGGUGUGGUGACCAUAUGAGAGAUUAUAUGGACAGGCGGGUUACCCCACCAAAGCGGGUUUCCUCACCUACCUGGGGUCCCCCACCUCCACGUAAACUGGUCCUAAGAUCCGACGCCGAGACGGCAACGAGAACGUCAAAAAAAAUCAUUAGGUUUAAAAAGCGAAACAAAACCUUUGCUCGUGCAUCACGCUUUUUUGUAAAUUUCGUUUCCGUCUUUGCACGACUACGCCUUGAAAAUGCCUAAUUAAACGUUUAAUUGGGGACGAAAACAAGCGACGACGAAAUUUUAUUUCUCAUUAGGGCCGUUUAUACGAGAGAAAAUAAGCCGCGGCUUACUCUGGGCGCGGCUUACAUAAGACGAGAAAGGAACCAUUUAUACGAGUACGGCUUAUAUUAGACGCAAACUGCUCGUAUGAAUGGUUCACGGCUUAGUUCGCGGCCAGGUUGUACAUUUAAUAAGUGUAGAUUUAAAAUUUAAAUCGGCAAACUUACGCUUGCCUAGGUAGCACAGACAUCGAGCUGCCCCGCAAUCUCAAGCUCGCUGCAUAUGAGCAGGAUUUGUUUUUCUUUUGGGGCAUUCACACAUUUCUUUUUUUACAUGAAUCUCUAUCCGCCAUUUUCCACGGUGUAAAUGUAAACAAAACACAUUUUCCCGCCACUGCAACGCGCGUCUCUCGGCCGUGAAGGUCUGGGAUAUAAUUGAAAACGGAGCAUGCGCAGCAGUCGUUCACGGCUUCAGCAAGCCGCGAACAACGUUUGAGUGCAUUUAUACGAGCGUUUUCACGUCCAAGGUAAGCCGCGGCUUGGAUAAGCCCAUCACAAAAGCCCUCGGCCAGGAUAAGCCGCGGCUUGAGCUGGCCUUGGGUUGAAUAAGCCGUGAACAUAGAUUUUGUACCAUUUAUACGCGGUGUUCGCGUCUUAUGUAAGACGCGGAUAUAGUAAGCCGCGGCUUAUUUUCUCUCGUAUAAACGGCCCUAUUGUGCACUUGGGCAUGGUUCUUAGGAAUUUUAACUGUAGGAGGGUUCGCCUACAUUUGACAAAGUAAGUGGGUAGGAAUAGUCACGAUGAAGGCUAGAAGGACGCAAAUUCACCUUUUUAGCAAAUUCACCUUUUUUCUGCCGUCGCGUCUUCGGAUCUUUAAGUCCCUACUUUAUUCCUGCGCAGGUUAAUGAGAUUCCUACGCAAAGAAGGUUUGGUUCGGUCCCUGUUAUACAGAAAAAAUACUACUUAACAUUGACUGCAAUCUGAAGCCAAAGCUAAACCAACGAAUCUCCGUCCACGUCUUGUUGCAUCUGUGUAUAGCUGGAACCCACCAUUGUAGCCAGCAGAGAGUCCACAUUACCUUUGUACAUGCAAAAGUAGACUAAAGGUGAUGUUGCAUGGGACGAUUUGCAACGACGAUUUUAAGCGCAACGCAACGUUGCAACAUUGUUGUAGCAUUGUUUCGAAUGGCUGAAACAUUAGUCCAACAUUGCAACGCUGUGUUCCGCUAAAAAUCGUCGUCACAAAUCCUCCCGUGUAACAUCACUUUAAGGGUGUACUAAUAGUUUUGGAUCUGAUGUUUUCUUGUCAAUGAACUGUCACUGGCUUGAAUUUCUCUCGCAUUAAAGGAUCUAUUCACAUGUGAACAUUUUUAAUGAUAUUCUGUGCAUAGCUUUCAUUACAAGCUACUAACCUGAAUUUAUCAAUAUCCGACUUCAUUUGCUUUUCAGGGUGUUGUUGUAUUGACGAGUUUGACAAAAUGGGAAGUCAACAUCAAGCUUUGUUGGAAGCAAUGGUAAGAUUGUUUGAACUAAACUUUAAUUUUUCUCUUUCUCUUUUUACAAAGCUUCGACACUUGGACAGGAUUUUGAUAAGAUUUCCGUGUAUUUUCGUCGUAUCGGUGACCUUAUCGUGCUCUUGCUAUAGUUAUCAAUGGUCGCCUCUUUUCAUAACACUAUAGAGUAACGAUUUUCCUCCACUUCUUUCUCUUUCUCAACACAAAGCACACUAUGAAGAUUCUAGAGGAAGGUGUGCAGUUGUACAUACAGCACUCUAGGAGUCCCUCCGUACUGUGCUAAAUUGCUAGAGCGCACAAAAGGUCGGGUUCGUUUUCCAGCGCUGAUACAAAAGGGUUCGUGCGGGUCAUGUAAAACGUGGAAAGUCAUUGACUUAAGACUUUCAUUUUCCAGGCCUGAAAGUAAUGGAAUAUAAUUGUCGGACCUUGAACGUCAUGGAAAAUUAAAGUUUUGUUUGGUAGAUUAGUUACUGCAGAUGACAAAGCAAGGGCAAUGUACGAUAGACGGUGGACACCUGAGUUUGUGUCACGGAAUGAUGUACUGUUUUUUUAACUGCUUUUGUGUCUGAUUAACUGUUUUAGGUCCAAAAAUAUCCUAAAACAAGGAAAAGUCUUGAAAUUUUUCGCAAGUGACAGCUUUACCUAGAGUCAUGGAAAACUUGAAUUGGUCAUGAGAAAAAGUCAUGAAAUUUGAAGAGCUCAAAAAAAUACGAACUCUGUAAAACCAUUACACGACCCUUGCUACAGCUAAUGACUAUGUAAAAUUGUCUUGGAUAUGCGGGGUUGUGUUUUCCAUGCACUUACGACUGUCCUUUUUGGUGCUCAGGCAUCAAUAUCUCUUGUUUACUUUCUUGAUGCUGCGGAAAGAAGUUUAUCGUCAAGUCUAUGAAUUUAUUAUGCGCUUUUUGUUUGAUGUAGGAACAGCAAAGUAUAAGUAUUGCAAAAGCUGGCAUUGUUUGUAGGUGAGUGAAAAAAAUUCCGUGAGUUGGCAAAUAAUUUUGAGGUCCCGUAAUGCUUUGUACCUCCCGAAUGCUAGAGAAGCGUUGUUUAUUUCACGUCCGCCAGUUACAAUGGGGAGGUCAAAAUGGAAAUACGUUUGCACUUAUGUAGUAUGGUGGAAAAUGUAACAAUAUUUCCGUUUGUAGAUCAAGAAAGGAGGGCGUUUGUCUUCAGUUUUCUCUUCUUUAUUUACUUCUCGUAAUAGAAAUUAGAAUCCAGACAACGGAAUUCCGUCUCCUUAAGUGUCCUGUUUUCAAUGAAAGUAACUGGAAAACAGUCUCAACUCCUCCUUAAUUUGGUGACGCAAACGCUAUUUUUCUCACAAACGUUUUUGGCAAAUGAUGUCGUCUUGAAAGAGGAUGUGGUUAUUCAUCGUGAUAGGCCCUAUUAAGAUAAAGUUUUCAUGCGUCUCACAAUAUAGUCCUUGGGUGUAGCGAUGCAGUGAGCCUGGAAAUGCACCAAUGUGUAUGUUGAUCACUGUGAUGCAAAAGAUACAACUGCGAAACCGCUCGACCUUAUCGCCUGAUGAAGACCAGCACACAGCAGUAAGCAUUCGAAACGACGUGAACUACAUCACAAGUGAUCACAAAUGACUUUAUCGUAUGACGAGCUAAAAGUUUGUUGUUAUUGUGUCAUCUUGCUAACACGAGCUUGGAAACUUGACGUUCUGAAUAUAUCAUUUCAGCUUACCAGCAAGGACGUCUAUCCUUGCAGCUGCCAACCCAGUGGGUGGCCACUACAACAAAGCAAAGACUGUCUCGGAGAACCUCAAGUGAGUCUACUCUCACAAGUGAAGUUAAAUUGUUUGUGGACUGCGUUAUAACCGUUUUUACGUAAUCAAAUUAUACAUAUACAUUGUUAAAAUCUCGACAAUCACGUUUCUUUUGAAGUUAUUUUAUUGGUCUGACCGUGCAAAAACCUCCCUUCUCAUAUCCAAGGAAGACCCAUCUAUCCGAUUCUCCUUAUUUAAAAGAUUCUUUUUGCAAAAAGAAUUUAAAAAUUUAUUCAUGUAUCUUUUGGAGUGAUCACCCGAGCAUAUUGCCCCGCCCACUUUUACAGCUCUGUCCCAUACUGAGUAGCCUGCAAAUACAGCUCCUCGCUCCCUGCCUUUAGGGACGUUUCGCGGGGAAAAAAACGUUAAACGCAAAACGUCCUCGGCGACAAGGAUUGAGGAAAUACUGUUAGUAGGGUACUAGUAAAGCAGCUUGUAACUUAUUAAGUAGACUACGAGCAGUCUCUCUUUUUUUUGUCUCGCGGCUUCACCACUCGACGCUCGCGCGCGCGUGCACUCUCCUGACUAAAUCUGAAGAAAAGGAGGGACUGCUUGCAGUCAACUUAUUCAGUUUUGUAUCUUUUACUUCCUUUUGUCCAGGAUGGGGAGUGCUCUUUUGUCUCGUUUUGAUCUUGUAAGUAGUUUAAAACAUCAAGAUUAUAUCUUGUCUUUUUUGAGAAGUUGAGUAAUACCUUCUUGUAGUGCUCUUAAUACUACUGUGCGCUAUGCAAGUUCGUUCUUACUCUUGAGUCUGUGGAUCAAAUCGUUAAGUGUGAUUACUUAUAAAAACUGCGAAAUGUUUCUCAGUGCUGCUUUUUAUUAUGCUGCGCAAAGUAGGAAUGAUACUCUUAUUUACAAUUAACUGUCGCCUUGCGGACGUGACACCUCUGAUACGGGCACCCUAAUACUAAGGACAGUGACUAGAAAUACAGAGUGUGACUGAAAUAAACUCCCGCCAUUACGGACAUCAACUCGCGCACCGUGUGGUACUGUACUUCAUAUUAGACACAAUUAUUUCUAAUUUCGAUAUGACUUCAUGUAGACACUCACAGAAUUGCUUUCAUUUAACUGAAGGGGACACUUUGCGAUGUCUAUCAUAUCUAGCAUGAAUCUCAUUAACAUGUUAUUAUCCUGGACAUAUUUUAAUGUUAAAAUACUCGGUUCACGAGUUGGUUUGCAAUAACGGGGGUUGACGGUUUUGGUUAUUUAACAGGGACUGACAGUUUUAAAAAACGCGUUUCAUUAUAGGUGUUUAUUUUGCUGGAUAAGCCGGAUGAGGUAAGAUUUAUUUUGAGAGAGAUAGUUUGGUGUGUUCUUUUCUGACGAAUUGAAAAAGAAGUUUAGAUUAACGAAAUACGUAUAAAACUUACAUUUUCUCUUUUUGUUUUAAAACAGGAAAUGGAUUCCAUGUUGUCGGAACAUGUCAUGGCGUUACAUGCCGGAAAAAAGAGGUGAGCUAUAGAUUAAUCUCCGACGGCAGAGCAACGUAUGUCACUGGGUGAUAAAUCGUCUCAUAAUUUUUAAGAAAAUUGUUUGCUUUUUUCCAGUGCGUUUGGAGUAGCCACUGCCAGGCGUCCCUCUAGAGAGGUACAGUUAUUUAACGCUCAGUUAACGCCUUAUAAGUGUUGAAUAUUUUUAAAUGGUAGCAGUGAUAGGUUUUAACUCUUUGUAAAAGAGUCAGUAGAAUAUGUCACUGGUCAGUGGACGUAUAACAACUGAUACUACAUGAGGAUUAUCUGCCGAGUACAGCCUGUUAUUUUAUGUAUUCUUGAGGCAUUAGUUUGGCUAUUUCGUAUUCGUAUAAUGAGUGAAAUGUUGCACCAUAUGUUAAAGCUCUGCACUGCCAAAACAGUUUAGCCACCGUGCUGGUUCUUUGACAGACGCCUUUGGGGCGUUCCUUUUACAGUCGAUAAAUUAACGAUUUAAGUCAGUCGCUAAAUGGCAAACGUCUUUCAUAUUUAGUCAACGUUAUUGGGUGCCAGGGGACGUAGAUCAAUCGACCAAUCGAAGCGCAGGAAAAUAUAUAUAGCAGAAACCAGUGGCAAGUGCCAAGCGUGAAAAAAUAUGUAAUCCAUACCAUGGCGAGUCUAAAGCCACCGAGAAGCGCGGGAAGUUAAAACCGGUGGUUAGUGCCAAGCGUGAUUUAUCCUUCUUCGUCGCCGCCCAUGAAGAGUAACUGAACAGGGUCCGUACAGGUGAUGGAAAACCUUGAAAGUCAUCUAAUUUAAGAAUUUCAUUUUCAAGACCUGAAAAGUCAUGGAAUUUAAUUUUCGAUCCUUGAAAGUCAUGAAAAAUGGAAGUUUUGUUUGGUAGAUUAGUUACUACACAUGAUAAAGUCAGAUAAAGAGGAGUAAUUAAACAGCGCGAACGACACGCAUUGUGGUGGAUACCAGAGUUUUUUUCUGUUGAACUGUUUAAGGUAAAAAAAUAAGCUAAAAUAAAGAAAGUUUUGAAAAUUUUCGAAAGUGACAGCUAAACCUAAGGUCAUGGAAAACUAGAAAAGGUCAUGGAAAAAGUUAUGGAAAGUCAUGGAAUUUGAAGAAGUCAAAAGAGUACGACCCUGCUGAAGUCUGUUAACUUUUAAUUGGGCUGUUAAAAAAUUGUUACUAAGCUGAGGUAGUGUUAGGUUGUGUUCAGCCUACGUAGUGUGAAUAACCGCGUGUUUUUCCUCACCCAACACAGGACAGUGGCAGUGAUGAGGACGAGACCAAGAAGCAGUGGGAGGCUGGGAAACCACUCUCUGAACGUCUGAAGGUGAAAUAAACUCUUUUCCUUUUUCAAUUAUAUUUUACCUGGCUAUCAGGAAUUUUCUCAUGGGGCUUAUAUGAUUGGGUAUAACUGUAGUGAAUUUUUGCUAUUUAGUUCUUCUAAGAAAAGUUUUGAUUUUCUUGUACUGGUCAAUGGAAAUUUUCAGUCGUUUUAGUUGGCUGACUUUUAACCAUCGUGUGCUCGUUUGAAUUUAAAAUUCCUUGUUCAUGGACUUUUCUCGAUUUUUCUCUCAUGCACAGAUUGGCCGAAAUGAAGAGUUUGACGCAAUCCCCGCUCAACUUUUGCGAAAGGUAUGCGUCGAGAUACUUUUACUCAACGCUAGUUGAACUUUCUUUGGUUUCACGACUUCACCGAGGCGGGUCAACCUUUUGUGAUGGUAAGAUCACCCUCCCAGACGGGCCAACGUUGCUCCAUAUAAACACUUUGGCUCGCCCACCCGGGUCAUCUCGAAAAAUAUCAGAAAAUGCACUAUGCGCAACCGCUAUUGGCUCUGGCAAAGGGGUCAUUUUCUCAUACAAACUCUCGCUAAAGUGGACUCUUUUACCUGGGACAGGUUUUCUCCUUAUAAACAGGGCCUAAAUCUGUCAACACCGCUGGAAAGAGCCCGUGACCAUGAUUAAGACUUUAACAUCGACCACAGGCACCAAGAAUAUCGUAGAUCCAUUUUAAGCUUUCAUUUUACGUUAAAUGUAGCAACCACCCACGUUCGAUAUAUUAAGUUAAGGACAAAAUUGCAAUUUUUUCUUGACUCCAUUGUCUUGCAAUCCCCAGAAAAGACUUGAGCACAAAGAAAACCAAACCACAUGUAGAAAAAUGACCACAAAGCCUCGAAGUCAUGUCAGAAUUUUAAUGCAUGGCACGUGGGCUAUUUUCGCUGGGUAGGUGUUUCGCGAAACGUUGUUAAUUCUGUUGUUCCAUUGUGUCUACUUUACAGUAUGUUGGUUACGCAAGGACUUACGUCCACCCUAAACUGACACCGGCAGCGGCAGAGGUCUUGCAGGUGAGACGCGUUAAACAGAUUUUAGUUUUUUUUUAACAGAUGGGAAAGGAUUUAGAAAAGGAAAUCACCAAUUGUCAUGCGAGGAUGAACUAAUCUGAGGAGCAAGAGAAAAUACAAUUUGCGUUGAUGAGACUUUAAAUAAAUUAAUAAUCUGCUUUCCCGCCACGGAAAAGAGGACUGGGUUCGAGUGUUGCGUGCGAGGUAUCGCGAAUUGAUGGUUUGCAAUAGUUAACGUUUUGGUCUUCGUGACAUUCUACGGUCAGCCUUGUCGCGUCAACUUGUUUCGUGAAAUUAAGUUUUCAUUUUGUUCUAUUUUUGGCUUAGCUUCAUUUUCCAGCAGUGCUAUAACGUAUACUUCUUAGCUGCUUUUAUUAUCGUUUUGCUUUUAUAUUUCGUUUGCUAUGCACGUUAUUAUGGCUUUAUUUCACUGAUUGGCGUUAUAACCCCAAAGGUGACAGCAUAGCAACGGCUGGGGCUACACGGUCCUUUUUUCUGCAAUAGUUGUUUUUUUUUCAGGUUUAUUUGUCCGGCUGUGGCGUAUUCAUAUAGAUCUUUUUCACUCACGGGGCCAUCAGCUGUGCAAAUUUCUUGGAAAAAAAGACUGAAAUGUUUUACAUUAGGAAAGAGUUCAAUCCCCUUUGGAUUUUUUCUGCACACCAACAUGGCCCCGUGACGUCAUGUGAAGACGAUUUGAUAUAAAGUGUAUCAUGGGUAUGGCUGACCGACGCUCCCAUGCCUCAUAGCGUUGUUUGUGUGUUCGGUUGUGUAGUGGAAUUUUUGAAGGCAAAAUAUUUUUUCUUCAUUGACUUGUUUAUUAAUUCAAAUUUGUUUGAUUACUUUUUUGGGCAGAAUUUUUACCUUGACCUUAGAAGGCAGCACCACAGUGCUGACAGCACCCCCAUCACUACCAGGCAACUGGAAUCACUCAUAAGACUUACUCAGGUACACCUAACUAAAAUUUGUUUAAAAAAUGGCGUUGUAGGGGUAGCACCGUUACACUCACUGGUAACUUAGUAGUUUACAUUGUGGUUCACAAAUAAGGAUAAAAACAAUUAAUUAAAAUAAACGUGAUCUCAACUGACUGAAGUUAAACCAGAUGGGAAGCAUGGCUGAUUAGCUGAAUUCGGUAUCUAUCGAGAACAAAUUCUGUAACGAUUCAAAAGCAAAUGACUGAAGGACAGCAAGGAUCAACUCUCAGGUGUUUAUGUAAAGGAGGUGUCUGUCUUAUCAUCUUAUAGAGAUGAAUCAAACCUCUCUUGCAACAAAUCACCGGGUUGUUGUAGGUUGUAAAAAGUUGUUGCAGAAAGUAGAGAGUAGUUCUACUCUUUGCAACAAAAUCUGUUCAUGUUGCGCGUUUUACCGGCCUUAGCAAAUGCUUUACAACAAGGGACCUAUUUCCUGUGCAUCGCGUAACUCCCACGUAAUUUUAUCCAAUCAGAACUCAGUAUUCACGCAAGGUGCAACAACUUGAUUUGUUGCAAGACAGGUAGGCUUGGCUUAUUCUGCCUGCCGGAGUGCUCGGAAAAAUCGCUUAUUCUGCUCAAAAUUCUGCUCAGACAUCCUUAUUCUGCUUGAAUUCUGCUCGUUAUCCGAAAAGAAUUUUGGUCCUUCGGGCCGUAUUUAUUUUUGUAAAUAUAGAAGGGAGCCUGGUCCUAACCCUAAAAAAAAAAAAAAAAAAAGAUGUUCAUUAUGCGUAGCAAAGUUGUAAUUCAUCUUACUUUUAAUGUGAGUGCCUUAUAGCUAUUAAAUAAUCAAAUUAAUCACAAAGUAUUUUCCAUUUGUUUAUUAUUUAGUUUUAAAUUUUGCUUGCAACCGUUAUGCACAUCAAUUGUGCCGCUGAAUUUCCCUUAUUCUGCUCAAAUUCUGCUCGAAAAUGCCUUAUUCUGCCGGCAGAAUGCUCGCCUCAAGAAUCGCUUAUUCUGGCAGAAUUUAUCCAAGCUAAAGACAGGUUUGAAGGUGGUUGCCAAAACACUCAAGAAAGGUUUUCAACUCGUUUUUCAGAAUUAGUUGCACGAUUUUGUUGCCCGUUUUUCCGCAACUUUAUACGAGACGUAGCCCUCAACAGGGCUUUUUUACUAAAGUGAUUUGACUGAAAAUUUUAUUGUACCUUGUUUUUUAAGGCUCGCGCACGCCUGGAGAUGCGUGAAAAGGCUAGUCAACAGGACGCCCAGGAUGUGGUGGAGAUCAUGAAAUACAGUCUACUUGAUACGUUCAGUGAUGACUUUGGAAACCUGGAUUUUCAGCGCUCUCAACAUGGAUCGGGAAUGAGUUCAAGAGCUCAGGUAGGGCUGUGUAUGAUUCGUUUAUUAAGUGGUGCCGUGAAGGCUUGGAAGUGGGAGGGAGAUUUUUAGGUCCUGGUUCUCCAGAAAAAAAAAUUGAAGCUGACUUUAUAAGGCUAACACAAUACUGGUAAACUAGCAGUUUUCAUUGCGGCCCACAAGGUUAAGAAUCCCAACUGGCCGUAAACAAACCGGUUGGCUAUUUACUUAGGGGACCGAGGAGUUCAACUUGGAACUGCCGAGAACAAAUCCAGCUAGCGGUUAAUGUGGGGAUUUAAUAUGGGGCCUCCGGAUUACAAUUCCAGCACUCUAACCUCUUGGCCACCCUGCAACCUAAAGGUCGUUCAAGCAGACAAUUAAGUUACCCAAAGAAUUGAAAUCAAACUUAGCGGGGAUAAAACCCCCAACUGGUAGGAGCGUGACGGAGGAUUUGAACUCGGGACUACCGUGAACAAAUCCAGCUCGAGGUCAGAGUGGGGCGACGGAUUGCAAGUCCAGCUCUCUGACUACUCUGCACGCUGUCUACCUUAUACACUACUGUCUCUCUUCACACAGGGCCUGGUUGCGCAGACGUUCAGGGUUCUAUCUGGGAUAUUUGAGAGGUAGAAGCUCCCCCCACCCCCCCACCCCCCCAAAAAAUAUUGUUAUCAUUACAGUAUACAAGUAACUAUAUCGGAAAAAUCAUCAGAUGCGACGAGGUCAGUGCACGUGAAGAGUAUUCCUCGUCUGACGACACAAUCGUGUCUCAAUAUGCACCAGAUUGCCUCUCAUAUUAAUUUCAAAAAAUUUCCGGGGACAGGCCCCCGGAUCCCCCUAGGAAGCUCGUGGCCGCUUGGACUUUCCCCUAACGACAAAUCCUAGAUAGAACCCUGACACUGGAUAGCACCAUCCACCGGAUUAAUAUUUAUUCAUCGUAUAAGUAUUAGGAAAACCAAUUGCAUUAUCCUACCCAAGGAUUUGAACAACCAGUUGUUCGAAGGCCGAUAAGCGCUAACCCGGGUUUAAAUUUUUAUCCGGCGGGUUUCCUUUUUCUUUUGAUCAAAAGCACCAAAUUGGAGGCAAGAAGAACUACACUGAAUUGCCUUAAAAGCUUUCGCAUCUGAAUUCAAAUUUCGCACUUGUUUAUACAGGUCAAAAUUAAAUUCAGGUUACAUUUUCUUAACCUAGGGUUAUCAUCAAUUUCCUUUGUUCUUAGCCUUAAUUGUGAAUAAUGAGGGCUAGGAGUCAAAGCGAAUCACAUUAACACACCCUGGGUUAUCUUAACCCAGCUUUGAAGAACCCGGGUCUGGUGUACAAUUAAUUGGUACUGGCCACAUACUCCUGUCGAUAGAAACCUUGGAUGAGCUAAUAUCCCGUCCCGUCCGGGGUCUAUAAAACCCCGGGACAACCUCCGGCCGUGUGAGCCACCUUGGCUCGCAUGCGUCUUUGCCUUAUACCUUAUAGGCUAAGUACCAAAAUCAAGAAGACAUUCUUAACCUCUUUCUUCGUUCCUUUUUAAUCUUCAUCUUUUCUGCAGUCCAAGCGCUUUAUUGCUGAGCUGAGUCGUGUAUCCGAAAGGGAAUACAAUUCUCUUUUCACGAUUGAGCAAAUGAGACGAAUUGCAAAGGUAAAUAGAAUCUUUUUACUGUCCUAACCAGCGGCCAUUCUGUAUCCUAUUUUCUCUUCCUUUUAAUACGUACAGCGUAGAAACCGAUGAUAAACAAUUAUUAAUUGGACUAUCAGAUAAUUGAUCACCAACAAAUCGCUCUAUUCUGCGAAACACCUUAAUAGUUGUUUUAUCACUGAAUCGGUAUGGAGAAAUGCAAAGCAGCUAAUUGACCAUCAAAGACAGAUACCAUAUGCUGCACGUUAGCAGAGCAUUGUCAGGGGGAAGAAAAGUUUCCUCUGCCCUAAAGCAGAUGAUUUUCGUUAGGUAAUUACCCAGAGUGACGUUAUACCUCUAGACCAAUCAAGACUUGGAAAAUCAAAACAAUUUGAAUGAUAAUAUAAUGCGCAUUCUAAAGAAUCUUCUCCACAGCCGUUCUUCUCUUGUCACCCAACGCUCCUUGGGAAGAAGCGUUGCGUGACGAGACAAAAAGGCUGCGUGGGAGACUAAAUUUUGAACUACCCCUAUUAGUAUCUAUUGUCUACGGUUACGAGAAAACGCUCGUUUUCAUAACCGACCCCUUUCGACAUUCAAAAACGAAAAAAUCAUCUUAGUUGGUAGAACGUUUGGCAAGUCCGGAAUCAAUCGAAAGUAACUUAAAUGCUCGAUUUAGCAACCACUUCAAACAGGCACCCUUCUUGGAAACUUCGACCCCUUCAAAGGGUUAUGCAUGGUAUAUGCAAAUAAUUCCCGUCAAUUUUGUUUCUUUCCUAACGCAGGAGUUGCGACUACAGAUUCGUAGUUUCGAUGACUUUGUGUACUCGUUGAAUAACCAAGGAUUCUUGCUGAAGAAAGGUCCGAGAGUGUACCAAUUACAGACCUCAAGCUGCCUUUAAAUAAAACGACCAUUUUUUCUCGCAACUUUUGGACGGUACCC